AUGUCCUCCUCCAGCAUCUUCGGCAACUCAGCACACCCAUACACGUCCGCGAACCACUCAGCUCCAAACUCCUUCAACACGUCACACCUCUCGUCCAUCGUCCUACUCAGUUCUGGCCUUGCCCAGUCCUCUGGUCCCUCGGGCGCAUCUGUCUCGAACCUACACGCAAUCUCCGUCGGAAACACCUUGGGCAGCCAUACACCACCCAGUAGAAGGAUACCCUACAUACGAGUCCUGCGGAUAGUGGUGGUCAUGCGGCAAGGAGAGACCCGCAUCGGGGUGACUCUCGUAGAAGUUGAGGCUCGGCUACCAGCGCGUGCCGAGUUGGAGCAUACGCAGUGCGAAGACGUCUUCUUCUACCAGAUCUUCGUAUGUCAUAAUGAUUUGGGUGCGUGGAAGGCCAAGGUGAUCGAGCUCGACUCCGGUGAGGUUCUUGCGUACCACACCACCGGUGGAGGGGUAGGCGAAGACGGUCCAGGUAGACAGGCCGGACUCUGUUCGAGCUCGUGUAGCUAA